UGCUUCGCUUGCGACACACACCCACAAAAGGUAAUCCGAGAGCCAUUCCAUUCCGUGCCAUUCGCCAUUGUCCAGUGGCAUAUAAAAGAGCAGGGAUUCCUUGCUGGGAGCCGCACAAGGAGUUCAGCUCUGCACAGGCACGGAUCCAGCAGGAUGCUCUGGUUUCCCGUUUCGAUAGCGGCGCUGGCGCUGCUCUGCCUGGCCAGUGGUGGUGGAGGAGUCGGAAUCGGAGUCGCAGGCAGUCGCUAUGGCAGCGACGAUGGUGGCGGCUACGAGGAUAUGGAGGAACAGGAGCAGCCGGAUCGCAGUACUUCCAAGAUGCUCAGCGCCCUGUUCGGAUUCGGCCAGGCAACGCCCCAUCCCACAGAGACAGCGGCGGCCAUGCCCCAUCAGCUGCAGCUGCCGGCAAUGUACUACGACGAUUUCUACGAGGAUCUGCUGACCACCAAGCGCAACGAUGUCCAUCAUGCCGGCUGCGAUUGCAAAGUUACGAACGUACUGCUCGACCUGGGCACCAUGCACUUUCCGCGCUAUCUGAUGAACGCCGUGUGCGAGUCGCGUCCCGCACAGGAUGCCAAGUGCACACACGGCUCCAAUUGCAGGCCACUGGAGUACAAGGUGAAGGUGCUGACCCAGGCCACGGUGCCGGAUCGUGCCGCUGCCUGGAUGAACAAGGAGAGGAGUGCGGCUCAGAUGUGGCAGUUCGAGACGGUCACCGUCACCGCCGGCUGCUUCUGUGCCAAGUUGUGAGUUGUCUGACGGAUUAGUCGUAUAUUAAUUAAAGCGCCAAAAAGACGCCCAUAG